AUGCCCUUGUCCAAGUUGCAGGGAGUUAAGCUCCCGGCCUCGGCCGACUUCCACGUCCACCUUCGUGAUGGCCCGAUGAUGGAGCUGGUUACUCCUACCAUCCGACAGGGUGGUGUGAACACUGUCUUUGUCAUGCCCAACCUGGUCCCUCCCAUCACGACCGUCGACCAUGCUCUCGACUACAAGAAGCGCCUGCAGGCCAUUGAGCCCAACGUCAACUAUCUCAUGUCUCUCUACCUGCACGAGUCGAUCACCCCCGAGACCAUCAUUGAGGCCAAGCAGCGCGGCAUCACCGGUGUCAAGAGCUACCCCGCCGGUGUGACGACCAACUCGAGCUCCGGCGUUGUCGACUACACUUCCUUCUAUCCGGUCUUCGCCGAGAUGGAGCGUCAGGGCCUGAUCCUGAACCUCCACGGCGAGGCUCCCUCCAAGGGUGACGUGACGGUCUUGUCGGCUGAGGAGCGGUUCCUGCCCAAAUUGGUUGAGCUGCACACCAAGUUCCCCAAGCUCCGUAUCAUCCUGGAGCACUGCACCACCGCGGCGGCCGUCGAGGCUGUCAAGAAGUGCGGUCCUACCGUUGCCGGUACCAUCACUGCUCACCACCUGUCUAUCAUCAUUGACUCGUGGGCCGGUGACCCAUUCUGCUUCUGCAAGCCCGUGGCCAAGACCCCCGCCGAUCGCGACGCUCUCCUCCGCGCGGCCGCCUCUGGCAACCCCAAGUUCUUCUUCGGCUCCGACAGUGCCCCUCACCCGUCUGCCUCCAAGCGCGGUGGUGAGAAGAUUGCCGCUGGUGUCUUCACCCAGCCUUACACGACACAGGUCGUUCUCGAUUCGUUCGAGCAGGCUGUUGAGAACGGUGUGCUCAAGGAUGAGGAUAUCACCCCGGAGAUUAUGGAGGGAUUCAUGAGCAAAUUCGGUCGGGCCUUCUAUGAUAUCGGCGAGGAGAAGAAGGAGUUCAUCACCAUUGAGAAGAAGGGUGAGAAGAUUGCGGAGAUUCUGAAGUCUGAUCAGACCGAUGUGGUUCCCUUCCGCAAGACCCAGGACACGUGGACCGUGACUUGGUCGUAG